AUGGGUUCCAUUUGUUCACUCCACAUUCAUGAAGUGUCAGCUCUGUGCCAGACCUUGGACACCCACACCGUGGACCUUCGGAUCUUCAGCAGAAGACAGAAAAAGGAGAAAUUCUGGUACCAGAAAGGAGACAAGAUUAUUCCAGCAACCAUGGGACUAGUUCCUUCAGAUCUGACCGGCCUGGGGCAGUGCAGCUCAGGAUCACAGGUGUACUUUCAGGUAUCAAGCCGUAUUCAUGACAACAAGAAGGGCAAAAGAUUCUACGAGCACAGGAGGAGUUCUGUGGUGCUCAAUUUAUCUGGACUUGAGGUGUUUCCCGGGGACCUUCUGGUGUCAGAUGGAGCUGCCGAUUACCUGUGCCACCCGCUUCUGCUGAAUUCAGGACCUGGAACAGGUACACCAGUGACGGUCACCAUCCUGGAGCAGAAUGCCCUCUCUGGGCUGGUGGGCAGCGUCGCUGUCAUUGCUGGCAAAGACAAGCGCAAGCACAUAUCUGAUCUGAAAGACUGCCUCUCCUCUUUGAAGAUUACAGACUUCAGGGACUAUGAGUUCCACAGACUGAAGUUCAUGAAUAUAUUAAAAUACCUACAGACUCAUGAAUAUCUCCUGGAUGUGGAUUUAUGGAGACUUUUUGCAAACCUGGAGGAUUUAAGUCAGACAAGCUUUGGUUUUGUGAACAGUCUUUUCCACAUCUUCAAGGACUAUGUCGACACUUCUGAGACUUUACCAUCGUUGGAUUUCAUUUCUGUGCUCACAAAGUAUUUCCAAGGAAGCCUGUGUCAGAGCCACCAGACCUACUGCCUGAAUUACUCAGCUGCUGUCUUUUAUCUUGAGAGUCUGAAACAGAGAGGGGACUUCAGAAUUUAUUUAAAAUGGUGUGAGGACAAUGAACAGUGCAGACGCCUUCACCUGCCUGAGCUCCUAGUGGCCCCACUACACAGGCUGACUCGAUACCCCUUGUUGCUGAAGAACAUCUGGAAAAGGAGUACAGACUCUACGGAGAAAAUCAUGAUCUACUCCAUCAAGGAAAAGGUGGAAAAGUCAAUUUGGGAUCUUGAAGGAAAAGUGAAGUGGCUUGACAAUUUUCAAAAAUGCAGACAUCUACAGGAGAUUAUAGUGUGGCCUCCACUUUGGGAUAGAGAUAAAGGGUUUUUCAUUCCAGAGUGCCUGAAACACGUUUUUAAAGAACACAUGGCAGAAAACAUCCUGUCAGCAACCAACAGACACCUUCUCUAUGAAGGAAAAUUAACUCUUGCAGAAAGCACAAGAUUCCUAGAUGUUUAUCUGUUUCUCUUUGAUGAUUUCCUCUUAGUUACAAAAACUAAGCGCAACAAAAAGAAACUUGGAGGCUCAGACCCUGGUUUAAUGUGCCCUUCACUUAUUCCUGAGCUACAAACAGUAAUCAAAGAAGGUGGUUCAUGUAUGGUACUCGAUCAGCCCAUUCCACUAGUGGUUGUCAGAGGUCUUGAUCCACUCCACAUGUCAGUCUUUGGGCUGAGAAAUUCUUUCCUCAUACAACAUGAAAACAGCUAUCAACAGUGUAUAGCAGCAUUCUUAUUACAAGCCCAAACAGAAAACAUCAAGAAAACAUGGAUUGCACAAUUAACAGCAGCAAUCUCUUGCUUCACCAAGAGUCAGGAAACCACUUUGCCUGCAGAAUCCUCGGAAAUUUAG